GUAGGCAGCAGAGUGGUAUAUGUUACCAGUAUGUUCCUCGGCGAUUUUUUUGUCAGCGAGCCCACCGCCGUUGCUUUUUCCGCCAUCGUCAUCAAGCAGAACUGCGUGGAAAAUGCAUGCCAUCGAUCAUACCGUCGGCGGUGUCGCAUUUAUGGCGGGGGUGUGCGGAAGUGGAAGUGGACAAAUUCGGCAGUUCAAAAACGAGUAUGUUCAGAAAAAGGCGGGAGAAAGGUACGGCAUUGCAACAACAACAACAACAACAGCUUUGAAGAAUCUUCCACGUAGAGUUGGAACAAGGCCGCUAGCGGGAGCCAUCUGGGACUCCUCGACGAAUUCCCUGCGGCAGGAAAACCUGUUCGAUAUGAAAUAUGAACCCGCAUUAGCACUAUCGCGAAGAUAUAAUGGACUACUACAAGAAUUAACAGUGGCCAAGCAAACGCAUUCCACCUUGGGUUCGUUUCUACGGGUAGGGUGUGGCAGAAGCGGACAGCAUUGUUAUUGUCUCGGACUUAUUGAUGGUGAAGGUCCUUUCCGGAAAUACGGGGAAGGUGAAGGGUGUAUUAUGCAAUUGACAGCAACUCAGAAGCAUCCGUCCUUCAAAUUUUCGUCAGCAUUCAGUAGCCCGUUUCUCACAUUAAUAGGAAAACACGUCCACAUCGUUCACCGACUCUCACCGUCCUCUUCCUCCUCUCCUUCUUCUUCUUCUUCCUUCGGUUGCCGUUCGAUUUGCUCGCUGACGGCUUGUCGUCGAUCUGGCUCUGCCAUUUUGCCUGAUCGACUGACGGAAUCAGGAUCGCCAGCAGUCGGCUUGGAGAUGGGACACCAUCUUGCUGUAGGUGCGGUGGGAAUCUUCACAACCUUCGUCAUUUCCUCCAGAUCCGUCGGCAUUUCCCAUGCGGAUGCAGGCCUUGGUCUUGAAAGCCUCGUCUGCAGGAACAAAGGCGUCCUCGAGACAGCUCAGCGCCGCCAUUAUCUGUUCGCCAGGCAAAUGGGAGGAGGAAUCGCAGUGGCGGGUCGUUCGUGCGGCGGCGCCACAGCCGGCGCUGGAUGCGGUACUAGGCCAUCGGAAAAACAGAAUUUGUGUGUGGCGGUCGCUAGCGGAAGACCGGAAGCACAAUUAGAGAACGACGAAGAGGCCGUCCUUGCGAUCGAUGUUGGGACAGGUGGCACGAAGGCGGCGAUUAUCACUCGCGCUGGACGUGUCAAGAGGACUGGGUUUUGCGCGCAUACCUCUACCAAAUCUGAGCCUGUUGGAGACUCGAAGACGGUGGAGCAGGAUCCGGAGGAGUGGUGGGACGCCACGUGUGCAGCCGUGAGGCAAUGCAUGAGUGUAGAGAAAGGCUCAUCUCAAUCUCAAUCGCGUCCUUCAUGGAAGAUCAURGCUGUGGCAGUGACUGGGCAAAUGCAGGAUGUGGUAUUAUUGCCUAAGGAUCCUUCUCUGAGGACUCCCCCAUCAAUACUGUAUUCGGAUGGCAGAGCUUCUUUGGAACUUGAAGAGGUCUGCGUGCUCGGAGGAGGGGUGGAAAAARUUGCAGCCUUGACUGGAACUAAGCAGGGUUCAUGGAGUUUUCUUGCCAAGCUCCGRUGGCUGGAUAGAYAUGCUCCCACUGCAGUGCAUGAUUGCUCAAGGCUGCUGUUUGCCGGGCACGACUUCGUGGUCUGGCGGAUGUCCGGGAAAUGUGUGGCUGAUGCAACAACAGCAUCAACUACAGGUCUUUUUCUUGCAGAAUCCCCAGGAUCUGUUGCCUUUGAUCUGAUGAAGCAAGUUGGGCUAGACCAGUGGAUUAGUAAACUACCGGAUAUCGUCCCAGCUGAUGAACCAUGUGGUGAGGUAUUGAAACAGGUGGCGGAACAGUGGGGUAACCCUGUACUGGCGGGCCUUCCAGUGUUCCACAGCAUUGGUGAUGUCGGAGCAAGCACUAUAGGAUCAGGUGCUGGCGUUCCUGGACCACUCUAUAUUUGCAUUGGAACAUCAGGCUGGGUCGCAGGCUCCUUCCGGCGACAGGGGCGAGGCCACAAAAGCAACAACAGCAACAAUAUAAUGCCUACGACUACAAUGCCUACGGUGCCUACCGGUACCAGGUCGUCCAAUUUGCAGGAACCAGUUGCAAACGCAAGGGGUAUCACCGGGGAAGGGGACGCGGAAGAAAUGGAUGACAAGUUUGAAAAAGAAGUAAUGCCAGAGUCAAUACCAGGUGUUUUCACAUUGGCCCAUGUGGACCCUGACCUGGUCCUCAAGAUUGGUGCCAUAAUGACAGGCGGAGGAAAUUUCAAAUGGGCCAUUUCUGCAAUAGGCCACGAUAUUCCCGGUGGAAUGCCAGUAGCCGACGCCGAUGAAAUUGCUGCACAGUCACCUGCAGGGUCAAGGGGGGUGAUUUACCUUCCUUACUUGAACGGUGAGCGUUGUCCAAUUGACGACGUUUAUGCUCGUGGUGCGUUUCUUGGGCUGUCUCUCGUAGCUGACCGAUCUACAAUGUUGCGUGCAGUUAUGGAAGGAGUUGUGUUUGGACUCCGUGCUGCGAGGGAUGCACUGUUCGUCAUGGGUGAAGCAGAUGCUGACGCAAAGCAGCAGCAAUGCAGCUUGGCCCCUCUUCGUGUUGUUGGAGGUGGAGCAAGAUCUCGAAUUUGGCCUGAAAUAAUUGCGGGAGUCUUUGACAGGAAUGUUGAAGUGCUUGCAGACCCGCAGGAAGUAACAAUCAAAGGUGCUGCAAUCUUGGCAGGGAAAUGGCUAGGUUGGCAUGACACCCUUGAACCUUCCGGCGAAUGGUUCGCAGUGGAGAAAUUUCACUCUGUUUCACCUGAGGAAGUUAAGUUGUAUGACAACAUUUAUAGCAUCUUCAGCAGCUGUUAUCCUGCCUUGAGGGGAAUAAUGGAGCGAAUGGCAAAACUCAGGUUAUAAAACUUCAAUUUGGUCUUUUUACAUCACACCCUCUUCUUCACUUUUCAAGGUUGUCAACCAUGGGCAUGUCACUGCAAACACGUAUGCAGGUCAUCGGUUCCUUCGCCUAUCCGAUAGAUGUGUCGGGCAUACUGGAAUGAAGUUUGUUCAUGGUUGGGCUCUUUGUGGCCAACCUGUUCGCCAAUCAAGCCCAUGCACUGGCAGAUCUCUCCGUUGAGCUAUCCUUUUUUCAUGCGUUAUUUUGCACAACACCAGCCAGGUUUAGAAGACAGUGAACAACUGCCUCCUUCGAAGGAGAAGAAGAGAACUGUGGACUGAACAGGCAACAUGGUGCAGAGUCUGUCAUGGUCAACAGAAAGAGGAUCUGCUUCCCUGCCAACCCUAAGUGGAGUAAAAGAGAGGCAGGGUUUUAAGGUGCCUGCAAUAGAGGAGUGGUCUCCAAAAGGAGUAGAAGGAAGGCGGAGGAGCUGGCUUAAGGACAGGGUGUUUUGGAACUCACAGGCAGCAGCCUAUCUCUGAUUGCCUCACAAGCUUCUUCUUUAGCGUUGAGCGAAUGGACAAGGCAGCUGUUUUAGAGGUGUGCGUGUUUCUGAGAGGGUAGCUUGAGGAAAAGAGAAAAAUCUCAGACAAGGAUGUGCAAUAAAAAACAUACAGCAUGCAGCAGAAUAUGACUACGUACAGAAUGCAAUAAGGAGGAGGUUGCAAACAUAUAUGGCUCUGCUAGGCGUAGUAGUACUUUAGAGUAGGGCUCCCAUAGGUUAGACCUUGGCCUGACAGCCAUGAGACACUGCCUGUGGUAAUGGGUGUAUCUCAGUUGGUAAGGCACACAACUUGCAUUCAGGAGGUCGUAGGCUCAAUUCCCAUUGUCCCCACGCAUGUGCCUGGGACAACUUGGUGUCUUACCAUCAAGAUAGCCCGUUGGUAGCAGUGCAUGGUAGCUCGGCUGGUUAGAGCACUCACAUGCAAUGGAGAGCUUAAGAGUUUGAUUCUGAUUGGCCCUCCAGCCUCUCCUGCGCAUGCUCAGGUGUGUUAGGUUGACACUCCACCCACCAGCCUAGCGCAAUUUCUGCACACAGGGUAUUUAGAUUGAUUGUUAUGGUGAGGCAUACUGUCCCAUGAGGAGCCUAUAGGGAUGGGCAUCUGAGGGGGUGCCAGGGAGGGAGCACUCGCCUGCAUGGGCAUCAUCACGGAGGGCAGAGGGAGUCAUUGCUGGAAGGGAGUGCAGAUAGGGGUGUGGUCUACCCUGAAUCCUGGGAGGUGGGUUGGGUUUGCAGGGUCUGCGGAACCUGCUGUGCAGGUGGCAGGGUAGUCUCACAGGAGUGGAGGGCAGACGGACCCGUUGGAGUACAGUGGGCAUAUGCAGAUUGACACAUGGUGAGGCUAGGGCCCUUGGACAGGGGGAGGAGUGCUGGCCAUGGGGCCCCUAUGCAGUACGGUGUCUCACGGGUUGGAGCACUUGCUGACGCGGGCAUCAUCAUGGAAGGCAGUGAUGCCGGGAGGGAGAGCAGAUAGGGGUGCGCUCUGUCCUGAAUCGCAGGAGGUGGGUUGGGUUUGCAGGGUGUAUGGACGGUGCUGUGCACGGUCGUCUCACAGGAGUAGAGGGCAGACUAGCACAGUAGGCAUACGAAAAAUGACACAUAUGCAGAACUCAACAGACUAUAGAACAUCAUAGAUACAUACAUAAGAGACAGACAAUGAUAUACAAUAGAAGGCAUGCAACAUGCAGCUGAAUACGAUUACAUACAGAAGGCAGGAAGGAGGAGGCUACAAAUGUAUACGGCUGUGCUGGGCGGAGUCGUCGAACCUAAAGGGUUGGAAAAACGUGAACAAAAACUGCUCUGUAAU